GGAGUCGAACCUACAAUCUUCUGAUCCGUAGUCAGACGCGUUAUCCAUUGCGCCACUGGCCCCGUGCGCCGGGGGCAGCGCGGGCGGUGUUGGGCCGCGGGGCGGGGCGAGGUCCCUCAAUUCUUGGCCCCCGUUCCCCUCUCUCGUUGCUGAGGGGAAAGUGGCGUUCUCCAGCUCGGGGUGGGGGAGAGCCCAGGAAGAGAUGGGGAUCCCCUCAGAGUUUAAUAACAUUUUGGACGCAGCAUCAGAACUUCUAGGGGAUGCUUGCUGCCUGCCCUGGUAGCAGCCUGGGUGUGGGCAAGCUGCUGGCGGCCCUCCUGUGACAGCCUUUGUGUGCUCUUUGGUUUCCAUCUCGACAGCAGUCCAACCAGGCUGUCAUUAACAGGCCUGUACUGGAGAAAGCCCAGCUUCUGAAAACAGGCUCUGUGUGGUAUUUCGCUUUGGCUUAAUUAGGCAAAAAGUUAGCAAGCGCUGGACAUUUUGGAACGUGGUAAAACAUGAAUGGCUCUUCUUUCCAUUCCGUAGGAGCUGGGUGAAAUUCACAUCAUCUACUGCCAGGGAAAGUGCCGGUAGCUGCUGGAGACAGACAUUAGUCACCACAGCCCUCUCUGAACACACGUUGCUACUGUCCCUCCCUCUGCAGUGGUGGUUUUGUCAGACUGCUGCACAUUGCCAUGAGCAGAGAGCCCUGAGUGUAGUGUUGCCGUGCUUUGCACGGUGCCACAGCAAGGUUAGAGCAAGUAAGGCCAUAGCCUUGCUCAUAAGAACAAGUGGAUUUAGUUUCAUCCUUCACUUUGGAUAACUCCUCAACAGGCUCCGGUGCAGGGACGUGUUCUUGGGCACAAACAUUGCUCUGGUCACUAUGAAUGAACAUGGGUGAAGUCCCUCUGCUCAACCACAGGUCCUCUCCUUACCUUGCAUGCACAAGCAGACGGUGAGCAGCCGUAGUUUCUCUGCAGAAAAGGCUUGACUUCCUUGUGAGUGCUCCUUCAACUUAUGGACCAUUUUUUGGGGUACUGAACAAGUUAUGUUCUGGAUAGCGAGAAGGUUAUUGGGAGUGAAGCUUGAAGAAGACAGGCCACUCUAGCACUUUCUUGAUUCAACUAAGAAGAUAUUGCUUCACCUCCCCUGCACUAAGCCACACAACUCAGCUUGUCCCUGCUCUAGUUGUCUGUGGACACUUCAGCGUCUCAGACAAUUUGAUAAUCUAGCAAAGUGAAUAGUUUCCCACAGGUGAGAGAGGUGAAUCAGCUCAUCUGGUGCAAACAGAAGGACCACACCUUGCAGCCAGUGGCAGCGCAAAGGACAGACAAAGAGGCAGGGGCCCCCCAGUCCCAGUGGCUAGAGCAGCUCCCCUGCUUGUAGUUGUUUGUGAAACUGCUGACAUCAGGUCAUGCUGAGAUGACAAAGCAGAAGGCAUAUACUGGGAGCAAGGUAGUUGGGCAGCCCAGGGAAUAAGCACAAAAAGUGGAGAAGGUAUCCAGUAGAUGAGAGGUAGAGCCACUGUGUGCCUCCACAGACACCUUACUUUCAAUCUGUUAUCUCUGUCCUCUUUCUGUUUUCCUUCUUGCUCUCCUUAUGUUUUGCAGGUGCUAGUAAGGUGGGUGGUGAAGAUGAGGACAGAUUCUUCAUAAUUUGCCUCAGGCUAUUGCAGGGGGUGAGUGCUGAGGGGAGUAGCCCCUUCAUAAGCAGAGACUUGCAAAUAGCUCUUCUUCUGCAGAUAGGUUUAACUUUUAUUCCCCUGGGUUAAUCAUGAAAAACCACAAAAUGAAUGAAAGGGUGUGAACAUGUCCAAAUUGCUGCUAGGCAUUUAAUAACAGGAAAAAUGUAAUUGCAGACAUAAGCUUGUAGAGGUAGGAAUAGUGCCUUUUCCCAGCUGGGUAGCUUGGACUCGCAGUUACUCUCCCAUUUGGCAGUCAGACAUGUCCUCCACUACCCGCCCAGGCCAGGCAGGAUGUCUGGAUCCCACCUAUUUGCUCAAAGCCCAGACAGGCCUGCAGCCAAAAGUAAUGGCCUCAGGCAAGAUCUUGGUCUUGCCUGGAGAAAGCUGGAGUUAUUGUGGGGAACUCAGGCUAGUGGCCAGGGGAAGGAAUUAACACAGGUAAGAAAUGAGAAGGGGUGUGCAGGCGGGGAAGGACAUGUUCCUAACAGCAUACUGCUAAACCUAUAAUUUGGUGGCUGCUUCUAAACUUCUUGUGGCUUCUUUUCUCAUUGAAGGGGGAUUUUCAGCUUUCUUCUUGCUCAGCCCAUAAAGCAAGAACCACUUGUUCUCUCACUACCCCAUGAAUCCUCCAGCAGCUCCCCAGAAGCUUCCAAGAUUCACAUCUGCACCCGUUCUCACUGACAGACUGCCUUCUUUCUUGCUGCCAUCUCUAGAAGAGACUUCUCCCGUUCUGGCUAUUGCUUGUGCAGGGGGGUCCUGCAGUGGAGGGAGGGCAUAUGCAAUAAUGCUUUGGAUGUUGUGGAGAACAAGCUGGCAACCAACAGACUGGUAAGGUGCCCCAAGCUCUACGUGGAGAUUUACCACAUCCUUUGGCAAGGAACGAGUCAUUAGUAUCCAAUUACACUGAAAUCAUACUUAAUUCAAGACAGGUUAAGACAAAAUGCAAAUAAAAAUAUUUGCUUACAGCUGUCAAGACAGAUAAACCUCUAAAAAGAGGUAGGUGGAGAAAUGAGAGAAAACCAGACUUCAGCUACUUGCUUUGAAGAUUAAGUCAGUAUGGCCAUUCCCUCAUAUCCAGGCAUUUUGCCGCAGGCUGUCCUGACACACUGAGUAGCAGGGAGCCUAUCUUUCUCCACACCUUAUACUUCAGGCUGUGUUGACCAAGAAGUGUUUCUUCAUGGGGGAACAAAGUGCCUCUCAUGUCUAAUUUCCUCGUUUAAAAAAAAAAAAAUUCAUUCAAGGGAGGUCACCUGAUUUAACAUGGAGCUCUUCCUAUUUUUUUCCUUAUCCAGGGGACACGCUGACCCUUUUUGUCAGCAAAAAUAAGAAAGACUUCAUUCCUUUAGCAUUACCUGGCCAACCAACAAUACCUUGACUGAAAGGCUAAGGGAGAGUGCUGUCAUGGAAAAGGCACUGGCUUGAAGCUCGAAAGCCACGACUUUCUUUUUCUUUUUUUUUUCUUCUUACUAUUUUUUUUGUUGUUGUUCUGUAAAAACAUAACAAUCUCUCCUUUGCCCUGCCUGCCAUCACUACUCCUGUAGGCCUGUGUCAAAAUGCAUCUGCCUCUCCAAUCUUUUUCUGGAGGGGAUGUCUUGAUUCAAGUUAGUUCUGGGGUCAGGAUCGAGGGGAGCUGUUUCUACCUGAGCAGCAGAGACUGCUCUUUUGUUCACUGGACUUGUAUUUUCAGUCCACUGUGUUAGUGGAAGUGGAUAAAGGAGCUGAUAGUGUGAAAGUGGGUUGCUGUGAUGCUGCAAAGUAGAAGAGGAGGUGGGAGAGUUGUGCAGGGCUUUGGGGUAUCAGAUCAAAGGGAGUAGUGCUUAUUCAGUGUAUAGGACAUCCUGGGACUUAUAGCUGUGUCUGCAUGCAUUCUCCUCUCUUACCAUGUUACUGUGUCUUUUCACAUCUUCCGUUUGCCUCUGCAAGCUUUCUCCUUCCAGUUUUACAGAGGCAUCACAGGGACCAUGCAGAGAUGCCCAUCAGCCAGCUUGUGGCAAAGUUUCCUCACUAAGCUGGAAGGAGAUGGUCCAAAGACUUUUCCACACGCCUGCAGCAUGCGUGGCUGGGGGAGGAACAGAGAUAACAGCAGCCCAGGCUGGAGAGCAGAAAUGGACACACUUCCCUCAGAAAUGAUUCCCAGCUGUAAAGUAAGGAAAAGGAUCAAAACAGGAUCACUAGAAGAAGGUGUUUUCUAGUGGCUUUAUUUCUCCAUUUCCAGUCUGAUGUAACCUGUGUGGGUCAAUGUAAAGAAUGUUUCACAGUAAGUCACCAGAGGGAGGGUGAGAGAGUUGUCACCUUCUUCAAGAUUAGUUGAUAACUGAGUGACACUUAUACUCCCCUGGAAUGAUUGAAAGGCCAGCAAUAGCCAUGCCUGCCCCACGUUGGCUGCAAGAACAAGGUGAGUACCUGGAGAUAGAGAGUGGCCAAGGUAUCCUCUGAUGAGAGGCAGUUGGGGAUGCUCUUUGGCAUGGAAUAGGAGUUCGGCCCCUGGGGUUGAUUCCUGAUAUUCCUCAAAAUGUUAGUUCAGGGAGUCUGAUAAAAAAUCCAGUGAUGGGCAAGAGACUUCCUCCCCACCCCCAAACUCCCUCUCUUGUGAGCUGGAAUUGAACCAGUGACUAAGGAUUACUCUGAAAGCACCACAGCUCUCCUUCAUUGGCAAGGUCAAAACCUUUGAAGAGGUACCAGAAGUCAAAUUUGUUCUGUGGCCAAAUGACUCACUGUUUUCCAUUUCCUUUUCUGCAUUCUCUCAGCCAGAAUUGAAAAGGCUGACUCCUGGAAAGCAGAACAACUGCAGUUACGGUGGGAGAUGGGGACUCGACAUCGCACGUGUGGAUGCAGGCUGACAUGCUCGAGAUGGUUAUUGAAGUGACAAUUUAAAAGAACAUUAAUCUAAUAUACUGCUGCUUGGUACAAUGAACACAAUAUCACAAUGGAUGGCAUCCCUGAUCAUAGCUUAAAUUGUGUUUGUGCAGUUCCUGGCUGGUUUGAAGGCUCUUCUUCCAGCUGCUGUCAUUGUGUUCCUCCAUGCUCGCAUGAAACACACGUGAGGGAGUGAGGGAAAGAACUUGGUUGGUAAACGUCCAAAAGAGGAGCUUGCUCUUCUAAGCUGACUUUCAAAAGAAAAAAGGCAUCGGCAUUCAGAAAUGAAUAGUCAUGCUGGUUUUGCUGUACACCUAAAGAACAUUUGCAGGGCAAAGGAAGACAUGAAAGGAAAACAGAGAUAAAUCUGAAAUACAGCAGAAAAAAAAAAAGGCUAAGGGACAGAGGUACCGCAUCUGUCACAGGUCAUGUGCUGAGCAGGUGGUCUGGCUGGUCUAGUGAUGCCUUGCUGUCUGAAAACCUUCCUACCUCAACACCACAUAUUUCUGCUUAACUGUAAUGGCAUAAACCUCAAUCCUUUAUCUCCCAGCACUCAAUCUUUACUCUGUCCUGGAGGAAUGACCCUCAGGAUGAGGAGGGAUGAAAACAUGUAAACAAGUCAGUGGACCUGGGACAGAGCCUAAGCAGGUCUUUGACGUGUGAAGUCAUAUGCCGAGUAUAACCUUAAAAACAGGCAUUCCUUUGAAUUACAGACCUAAGGAUUGUUCUGGAGAAAAAAAAACCCGCACUCCUCUGCUGUGCCGGCUGAGCUUGGAGGCAACAGACCGAAAUAGCGCUGUGAGAGGCUGAUGUUGAGCGGACCGGGGCUGGGGAGAAAUGUGACUCUGGCCAGGGCUGUAUCUCUGUGAAGUGAUGAGCUGACACCAGCUGGGAAGCUGGAGCUGGAUCUGUGCUGCAAAACACAAAUCACUUCCAUAUUGACUACUGCUAUCGUUUCCUAACAGAGCUAUGGAUUGCUAAGGACAAAGUAGGAAUGAGAUCUGUCCCCUGGUCAAAAUUCCUACUGCUAAAACUCUCUGCAAUCAUUUUUCCGUAAAUUGCGGCAGGCUUGGGAGGUCCCACUGUCACUGCACCAGCUCAUCCUCCAUUAACCCAGCACUCAAUACCUGUGUGAUUCCAUGAAAUGCGAGAACAAAGUGGGGAGGAGCCAGUCGUGCCUUCCCCUCUGGUAACAGGGGGGACGUUUAGUGAUGGUCUGCAGACUCCUAUGGGAUGCAGUGCUGUUAUAGCCAAGUAGAGGGGAAAGGGCUAUAAAAGUGCUAAAAGAGUAAAGCAUUUGGUCACUGAGUCUCUUAGAGGAAGCAGGAUUGCAUUCUCCCGUUUUCUAACCGGUGUCAUUUUAUUUAUAGCCUUUUCAUUCACAUCUCAUUCUCAGGGCAUGUUUCUGCAGCGCAUAUUUCAGUGUGUGGAAAAUUAAAGCUGUUAUCUGUGAAACUUGUCCGUAGCCCUGGAGAGGGCCUAUUUUUAGGCAGACAGUCAUGUAGGGCACUUUCUGCCCCAUGCAGUAGUUUGGACGUGAUUUUAUGACUCGCAUGUGAAGUUUAGACCUCGCUGUAGCAGUAAUGUGUUGAGGGUCCGAGGUACGCAAAAGAGGAUGAGGAUUGGGAACCUUUGGGCUUGCAAAGCUGUGUAUGAAUGAGGGAGCAGCUGAACAGUGAUGUUGCAUUUGUUACUCCACUGCAUAGGCAGCUGUCUUUUCAGACUCACUCAUUUUGAGAGCUUUGAGAAUACAGAAAAUUACAGAGAAGAUGAUUUCCUAUGUGCAAGGGGACGUUUUGGAAGAUGUCAUUACCUCCUGUGGCAGUCCCUGUUUCACUGGAGGAGUGUGUGUGUGGGUCUGGGGUUCCCCCCAUGCAGCAGUGGUGGGGCCAGAGAUGCAGUCUUGUCCUCUCCUGGGCGAGGAGUCUGAUACUUGCAGAGCGAGCCUUGUUCCUGCUCAUCUUUAUGGCAAAAUAAGCCAUGCAGCAGUUGCCCUCUGGUGAAAAUAACUAUUUUCCCUUUGUUUUCCAGGCACGUAAGAGACAGAGGGCAGAUUUCCUAUGACUGACAGAUGAGAGCUUCAUGACGCUGGUACUAGAUAAGAGGUCGCAAAGGGAAAUUCUGUGAAUGUAAAACCCAGGGAUGUCAUUAUGGCGUUGAAACCUGAACCUGGACAUCACUCAACCUCUCCUUCCUCCUUCAAAUCCCUCUCCUAAGCCCACCGCUGUGCAGUCAGCCUUCCAGGCUCUCCUGGCCUUCAGUCCACAGCCCACAAGCUGUGAUACACUACAAAAAUAGAGGAGUUGGAAGCAAUGCCUAGAAAAGCCAGCAUAACUCUAGGAGCUAGUUUCUGGUUGUGUCAGCAAGGCCAGGAGACGCUCCCAGGCAAGCUAUGCUGCAAAAAGAUACGACAGAAAAAAUAUCCUUGCAGCUUUCUUGGUGAUGGCUGGCAGACAUCCAGAGUCUUUGUGCAGGAGUGGAGCUAAGGCAAAUCCUCUCAUCCUGUUUUGUUCCACUGAGAGAGAGAUAGCUUGGCUUGGUGCAGAGAGCGGUCGGGGCUGGUGGGUGCAGAGGUCAGCAGACAUCCUCCACAGAUGCAUCAGAGGUCACACGCAGCCAAUUAACUGAAGACAUUAGUGAGUUACCACAGGUCAGCAUAAUUUUCCCAGAUUUACAUCUCAGGCACACACUGCACCUUCAGAAGUGUCUUUGUUCACUGACCCAAGGGUUCAUGGGUUUUCCUUUGUCACUGCUGUACACCACUGUAUGCAACUGUCUCUACACAGCGGCACAUCUAGCCCUCAGCUUUUCUGUGCAGUUUUGUUGUUUCUGCCUGUGCUGCAGGCUGGAAGCAUCUGCCUCACCAUGCAAAGGAAGCUUUCCCCUCCCAAUGCCAAGCUCCUUAUUCACGCGGGUUUUGAUGUGCAAGGGGCAGCUGAUGCAGGGACAGGAGGAUCAGCACAAGGCCUUCAGAUUCCUUCAGACAGCAGAGUCACCUCUGACCUGACCACGGAGCAGAGGGAGAACUAUCCUCUUGCUGCUGCCAAGAACGACUCCCUGCCACCCCUGCCAAAAGCCCCAGCUGUCUGCCGCUCAGCUGCCAGAGCAGCUUUCCCCUUGCAGCUCCUGAGGUCUUGCCUGCCCUGGGGAGCUAGAUCGAAGGUGUGACUUCAGACCAGCGUAACUAACCUGUUAGAAAUUUCUCAUCAAAAUAGGACUUCAGAAAAAGUUAUUUGUUUUUAUGGGACUGCUGACAAAUUUAUAGGUGUAGGUGAAAUUCUGGCUUGGUGGGCUGCAAGCGAGUAGAGAAUUUAACUGAAAUGCUUAAAGCAUGCAAGGCAUUGAAGAUAAAAACUGGUCGGUAAUACUCUGAUUUUAAUGUGAUCUGUUGUCACUGAAUGCAGAGAAUAUUAUUCAUUUUCAUGUGGGAAUCAAUGAAAACCUUCACUUUUAUAUCUCCCUGAACUGCACGGUGUGCAGUCUGGUGUAGCAUACAGAUAGAGGGAAACAGGGUCUGCCCAGGACACACAGGAGAUUCACUCAGCCACUGUAUAACACAUGUCAUAGCCAAGCACUACAGGGUUAUAAGUUAACAUAAACACAAGGAGCUUUCUGCAAGACUCUUAAUGGAGAAGGCAGUAAAGUUAUUGAGUAAAAGAGCAGACAAUGUACUGAUUGCAUGUACAGUACAGCGGUGAAGUGAUUUUAUACAGUACAUGCGGGGACUCUGGCUUAAAUUGAGGAUGAGAUAUUUAUUACUCGUACAGUUGUGCGGUAAAUUAUUGGCAAGUGGAAGCACAGAUGGCUUUCCCUUAAGAUCAGGCAUCACAUGCCACAGAUUAUCUGGGAAAUUGUCAUUUUAAAAAUAACUCUAGAACAAGUGCCAAGCUGAGGGGGAUAUCGGUGUCUAAUAAACAGACACAAACAGCAGUGCCCAAAACCAAAGUGCAUUUGAAUUAAACUAGGCAGAGAGAGAGAGUGUACACAAUUAGUACCUAUUCUCUAGCAGUACAAAUUAAAGCUUUUCAUACUGUAAUUCUUCUGUCUCUUUCACAUCAGGAAAUUGAGAUAGUGUUUUGGGGGCAUAUUUAAGCUGCUGGAUUGAACAGUCAUGUAAGAUUCUUAUGUUAUGGUUCCUAAAAAAAUCAUAGUGGAAGAAAGUUUAAGUGCAGUUAUCGGUAGGCAAUGUUUUCAGCUGAUUUCCAAGGCAGUGACAUGCUUACUCCCUGAAGGAUCUGAGCCCAAGAGCAGCCAUCUCUCCUAUUGUCUUCUCCAGGAACUUCACGUGCUCUGCGCCUUGGGAGGACCAACUGCUGGAGCCUGCUGAAACACAGGGGCAGCAUGGCACAUUGCACACUGCAGCCACAGCUCUGUGCUCAGAACAAUGACUUUAUAACACAGAAGUAGUGGCUGUCAAUCUGGGCAGCAAGCACGCUUUGGCCCUGUGAAGAUAAGAGCAGCUCAGAUGGUGCACGCUUAUCACUCGGCUGCUCCCAGGGGUGAAGGCCACCAUGUGCGAGUGAGGAGAGCCAGGGCCCUGCCACUGCCCCCCCGGCCCCUGGAGCUGUCACCUGUCCCAGCCUGUCCUCCUCUCACAGCUUAUAUGGGCACGGCAGAAUGGCAUCUCGUGACGCUGCGCUGCUAAAAACAGCCCCGGCUCCCUCCGGCCCCUCGUUCAAACAAUGUCCUCCAGUGAGAGAAGCCUGGAGAGCUGAUCGCAUCGGGGCCCUGGAUUUAUUUCAAGGAAAAUUCACCUGGAAACCGAGCAGCGACGCCGUGAUCCUGAGCAUAUGCCUCUGGAAAAGCUAGGGAUGAGCACCUCUCUGAGCUACAAGUCCUUCUCCAAAGAGCAGCAGACCAUGGAUAACCUGGAGAAGCAGCUGAUCUGCCCCAUCUGUUUGGAGAUGUUCACCAAGCCGGUGGUCAUCCUGCCCUGCCAGCACAACCUGUGCAGGAAAUGUGCCAGUGAUAUUUUCCAGGCCUCGAACCCCUACUUGCCCACCAGGGGAGGCACGACUGUGGCUUCGGGAGGCCGGUUUCGCUGUCCCUCCUGCAGGCAUGAAGUGGUCCUCGACCGGCACGGUGUGUAUGGGCUGCAGAGGAACCUGCUGGUGGAGAACAUCAUUGAUAUAUACAAGCAGGAGUCCACAAGGCCUGAAAGAAAGUGUGACCUGCCAAUGUGCGAAGAGCAUGAAGAUGAGAGAAUCAAUAUCUAUUGUUUGAACUGUGAAAUACCCACUUGCUCCUUGUGCAAAGUCUUUGGUGCCCACAAAGACUGUCAGGUUGCUCCUCUCACAAACGUUUACCAGCAACAAAAGUCUGAGCUGAGUGAUGGCAUCGCAGUCCUGGUGGGCAGCAAUGACAGAGUGCAAGGGAUAGUCACGCAGCUGGAGGAGACCUGCAAGACCGUUGAGGAAUGCAGCAGACGACAGAAGGAGCAGCUGUGUGAAAAAUUUGAUUAUCUCUAUUCUGUACUGGAAGAAAGAAAAAAUGAGAUGACACAAAUAAUCACUAGAACCCAAGAGGAGAAACUGGAACAUGUCCGCUCCCUGAUGAAGAAGUAUGCGGAUCAUUUGGAAGCUGUGUCUAAGCUGGUUGAGUCAGGAAUCCAGUUCAUGGAAGAACCAGAAAUGGCCGUGUUUUUGCAGAAUGCCAAAACGUUGCUCCAAAAAAUUACUGAAGCAUCUAAAGGAUUUCAGAUGGAAAAAAUAGAGGAUGGGUAUGAAAACAUGAACCAAUUCACAGUGAACCUCAGUAGAGAAGAAAAGAUAAUAAGAGAAAUUGACUUUGACAGAGAGGAGGAGACAGAAGAGGAAGAGGAGGAGACAGUAGAUGGGGAAGAUCUGGAUGAAGUCCACACAGAGUCGUCAGGAGAGGAGGGGGAGGAAGAAGAGAAGGAGGAAGAGGAAGGGGCUGAGAGAGCAUCACAGCCAGCUCAGCAGGACCCUGAACCGCAGAGCGCAGUGGGUGAGCCCCCAGCCGAACCUGUCCCAGUGCCACUGCCCGCUGCCCCGGCUGGCCAGGAUGAGGUUGUGACACCAAGUGGUUCUCAACAGACUGCAGAGUCUGACAGUCAAGUGCCACCUGCAGCAGAAACCGUGGAUCCCUUGCUUUACCCUAGCUGGUAUAAGGCUCAGCCGCGGCCAGCGAGCAGCCCAAGCUCAGCUCCAGAGAGUGGGCUGGGGAAAGUUUCUCCUGAAACAAGUGCAAAGAAGGCAGAAGCCCCCGAAGUGGCAGCAGUGGAGGAGAGCGCACCAGGGAGUGGUAAGGAAAGUAAUGCCACUGCGGCGACGUCCAAGGCUGCUUCUGAGCCGUCCCCUGCAGGGCGAGCGGAGGCCGCUGCCGGGAGCAGCGAGCAGGGCACCGAGCCGACCCGACACGUCUUCUCCUUCUCCUGGCUGAACUCCCUGACCGAGUGAGGACCUGGAGGGGCCGCCCGGGGCCAGCGCAGGAGCGGGCCCAGGAGGGGACACCUGAGCAGGUCAUGCUCCCAGGAGCUCACUGACCUCCAUCCACGUCGUACCCAGCCCUGGAGACAACAGUGUCCUGGAAGAGAUGGGAGCGUGGGGACAAAUGGCUGUACUUCUAUGUAGUCAGAGUGUUUUCCAAUAAUUUCUUGUUUCCAAGGGAAAAAUGGCAUCGCUACAGAUGCAGGACAAGUACUGCUCACGUUUUGUCAUUUGUCCACUUUUUGGCGUGUCCCUGCGUGGAUGUAGCCGCUCCCCGAUGCUGUUGGGAUGCUCAGUAACCUCGGGGAUACCCUUGCGGCACCCCCAAGGGGGGGGUGAUGUUUGUCACCUUCCUGCUCUCACCCGCAGUCCCCAUGGCAUCCCAUACUGGGAGAGCGCAAGGGAAACAGCCCCUUCUUCCUUCUCCCUUUGCAUCUACUUUCCCAAAGGGUCGUGCUCACCUGGGCGGGGGGGCAUGGCAGGAGGGGUGGGGAUGGCCAAACCCCAUCAGCAUGGGGCAGAUGUUGGGGUUACAGCAGAAGUUGAGCCGUUGAGGUGAUUCUCCUGACAAAUUUCAGUCUUAAAAGGAGUGCUCCAAACUCACCGAAGGUCACAGUGUGCUUGGGGGAGAACGGGGGGAGUGCUCGGUGCCAGAGCCGAGCUCUGAGGUGGGGGUGAGCACGGAGCUGCUGGGGGCUGUGGGCACGGGGCUGCGCGGGAGCGCCUCACCGCGGAGCUCAGCCCCGGAUCGGUGCUUAUCGCUCCCAGAAAACGC